UUGGUUGCAGAGUUGAUUCGCUUGAACGAUCCACCCACAGUUUGAAGGAGCUUUAAAUUAUGGGCCAUUAUUAGUCUUUGGAAAAGGACAGUUUGCAGUUUCUUGGGGUGCUUGAUUUCUCGCCAUAGUCAUGAGUAGCUCACCAACUUUGUCUAAAGGUGAAGUGAUAACAGCUCUGUCUGUCACUGCUGGAGCCAUGGCCAUCGGGUUCCUGAUCCACAAAACACUGUUUUCCAAAUCCAAAUGCACGAAGCCAAAAGUGAACCUGGACCUUCAGAAAGACAACCCCAAAGUGGUGCAUGCUUUCGAUAUUGAGGAUCUGGGGGAUAAGGCUGUGUACUGUAGAUGUUGGAGAUCUAAGAAGUUUCCAUACUGUGAUGGUGCUCAUGCAAAACACAAUCAGGAGACGGGGGACAACGUGGGCCCACUGAUCAUUAAAAGAAAGGAUGCAUGAGUGUGAAACUUGUUCUACUCACAUUCGACGUUUGCAAUCCCAUUAAAGCACUGAUGGAGAUUAAUAUAUAUUUGCCUCACUUGUGACUAAGCUCGUCAUCUGAUUUUAGGGUUUAUCUUGUCAUAGCUGCCUGUGUCUUAACGGUCAUCAUGCAUCAGGGUCUUAUUCUCUUCUUGACUUAGUGCAGGUGUAUAUAUUGAGAAAUAAAUAUAUUUUUUUCUCCCCAAAAGAUCAAUACUUACAUUUGAAUCUUGAUGUUAUGUAAUGAAAUUAGAACUAAUUUUUUUCCUUCUGAUUCGUCUUCUGAUCUCUAGUGGCUUCUCUGCUGAUUGUAAGGCUUUGUGAAAUUGCUCUAACAAUGUUGACAAAAGCACUUAAGAGUGAAUGCAUCACAGAGUGUACAUUUGAAAGCCAUGAAAAUAAAUAAACCGAAAAAAAAGUACAUGAACUGUAAGAAA